UCAAUCUCAACCACCACCAUGAUGAAGGCUGUGUUUGCUGUGUUGUCCAUCUUCGUCCUUGUGGCCUCUGUCUUGGCCAGUCCCAUGCCUGAACCUGGCUAUCGUCGCUAUGGUGGCUAUGGUGGUGGCUAUGGUGGCUAUGGUGGCGGCUAUGGCGGCUACGGUGGUGGCUAUGGCGGAUACGGUGGCUAUGGAGGUGGAUAUGGCGGCUACGGUGGCUACGGUGGCGGCUACGGUGGCGGCUAUGGCGGCUAUGGUGGACAUGGAGGCUAUGGUGGCUAUGGAUAUGGACGAUAAGUUAACGAUCAGGACAGAAUAACAGAGAAUGGUAAGGACAUAUGGUCCUCCAGUUUGUCAAGAGUUGGUCCUGGGGUCCUAGUGGUCCUGGCAAGAGGUCUUCUGUGGGACCACCUGUGAUUCCUGGGAAGAAGUCUACUGUGGGACCACCUGUGAUCCUGGGAAGAGGUCUUCUGUGGGACCACCUGUGAUCCUGGGAAGAGGUCUUCUGUGGGACCACCUGUGAUCCUGGGAAGAGGUCUUCUGUGGGACCACCUGUGAUCCUGGGAAGAGGUCUUCUGUGGGACCACCUGUGAUUCCUGGGAA